AUGAAGGGUACUGUAUUAAUUCUUAUCGCUGCAUUACUCGUGUUCGAAGUCACCUCUGAAGAAGAGGACCUUGGAAAGUCCAAAUAUAUACCUAAAAGGGGAGGAAUCCAGGAAGCAUUUGUGAAGUGGCACAAUGUUUAUCGGAAAGAGCACCGGACUCCAAGUCUCCAGUAUCAUAGUAGGUUAAGUGCCAUGGCGAAAAACUGGGCCGAACACAUUGCCUCUACCCACGCCAUUCGACACCGGCCGCCAUCGAGGGAAAUGAGCUUUGGUGAAAACCUUUACUCGCACACCCACGCCCCUGCUGAUGUCAAAAUAAACCCGAAGAAAGUAGUCACAAUGUGGUACGAUGAAAUCAAGCAUUACAGCUACGCCCACCCCUACUAUCAGUCCGAUACCUCUCAUUUCACGCAAGUUGUUUGGAAGGAUACUCAAUACGUAGGUUGCGGAUGGGCUCACAAUCCCGAGUGGGAAUUAUUGGUCGUCGUUUGUAACUACUGGAAGCAAGGAAAUAUACCAUCAGAGUUUGGGAAAAAUGUUCUUCCGAAAAAAUAG